AAUCAUCAAAACUGUGCUGAAGACCUUCAAGUAUAUCUUUGGCCUGAGGUUUGAGGUGAAGGGACUGGAGAACUUUGAGGUGGAGGGCCCUGCUAUCAUUGUGUCCAACCACCAGAGCAUCCUCGAUAUGAUGGGUCUCAUGGAGAUCCUGCCCGACAACUGUGCCCAGGUGGGCAAGAAGGAGCUGAUGUACGCUGGCACUGUGGGGCUCAUCAUCUACCUCGGUGGGGUCAUCUUCAUCAACAGGAAGAGCACCACCAGCGCCAAGAUGGUGAUGGCGGAGGUGGCCAAGACUAUGGCAACUGAGAACGUGAAGGUCUGGGUGUACCCAGAGGGCACAAGGAACUGCACUGGGGAUUUGCUGCCAUUCAAGAAAGGAGCAUUUCACCUUGCUGUCCAGGCACAGGUCCCAGUGAUCCCUGUGGUGUAUUCCUCCUUCACUACCUUCUAUAACCCAAAGAAGAAUCUAUUUACAUCAGGCAAAAUCAAGGUUGAGGUUCUGCCUCCAAUAGAGACCAAAGGCCUGACAUCAGACGAUGUCUCUGACCUCACUGACAGAUGCUUCCGUAUCAUGAGGGAGACCCUCUUCAGGCUGUCGGGCCGUCCCAGUCCAAGUGAGGCGAAGGACUCGUCCUAGAUGCUUCUCCAGUGGCGUCACCGUGUGGUGGUGGCUGAAGGGACCUGUCUUGUUGCCAAGUACUGAAGGAACUUCUCUUCCUCUGCAGUGACUUCUAACUCUGGGAACACCAUGGACUGGCACACACGGGGUGUCGAGCCAGCGCUGAGGUUCCUCAUUGAGUGGAUUUCUCAUAUGGGUUCAUUUUCUCACAAUGAAACGUCUCCUUUUUCUGAAUUUCUCAGGCAUCAAACAUGUGCUACCAAAGGGCUCAAUGACCAGAGAGGUGAGUUCCCCCGUUCAGGCAGUUGGUUUGGAAUGAGAACGAAAACCUGGCUGCGGGCUGGACUCUGCCUCAUGUGAGCGUCCCUGC